AUGGAAGAACAAGAGACUUUACCUGUUGAAUUUGAAAAUAAUCAAGAAACCGAAAGGAUGGAAGAGCAAGAGGGUCAAGGGACGGAAGAUCAAGAACCUCAAGAAAUUGGAGAAGCAGAGAGGGAAAAGAGGGAAGAAUUAAGAGUUGAAGUGAAUGAAGAAGAACCUCAAGAAACUUUAAUUGUUGCUGAUGAAAGUUCGCCUUCUUUAGACGACAAUAAUGUUUCUGAAGAAAUUACUGAUACAAAUUUGGAACAGGAACAAACGCAAAUUAACGACUCCAUUUUGGAUCAUCCCACAACCUCCUCUAUUCAAAACGAAGAAGUAGAGCAACCUACAACAACCUCUCCUGUUCACGAAGAAAUGGACCAAAUCGCAACAGUUUCAUCUCCUCAAAACGAAAAAAUGAUGGAUCAGGGGCCACAAAACGAAGAAGAAGAAGAGCAAAAUGCCCCCACAACUUCCACCCCCAAUUUAAUGUCUACCUGUGCACCUCUCCAAACUUUGGCUAGUGGAUUAGCAUUAGCUCGAAUUGCCGACUUUUUUGCUCAAGAAGAUGAACGGGUUCUUCGAUGCCAUGGAUUUAAAGCUGUUUUUAUUCCGUGUGAAAAGCUUGAAACUGUUCUCCAAAGGGAUAGGAAAGAUUUGAAAUUGAAGCAAAUGAAAGAACAAAGAGAAAAAAGGAUGGCAGAAAAUGAAGAAAGAAAACGAAAAAAUAGGGAAACUUAUGGAAAUGAUUCGGAUUCUGAUAAAGAUGAACGGGAAAAGAAAAGAUCCGCUGGCCCGGGACGGAUCCUCAGUCGUUCUCCAAACUGA